GCCUCCUUAGGCGCCAUGGAGGCUCCCGUGCUCGCGGUGGUGGUGGUGGUGCUGCUGGCGGAGCCCUGCGCUGGGGACCCCGUCUUCCAGCCUUCAUUUAUCUAUAUGUCAGGGCCCAGAGCCAAUUUGUUAUUUCUUGGAAAUUCUUCAGCUGUUCGUUUUUCUAUAUAUUUAAGCCCUAGAGAUGAAGAGACAGGAGUAUUGCAACUCGCCAAUUGCAAUGGAAAUGAAAGCGCCGGCGAUUGGAAUUUGAACGUAACACGUGGUGUGAACAUUUCCAAACUGACUAUCAGCUUGACUAGAAAUCUGCAGCUGUGUUUGCCAAAUGCCACUGACUGCUGCACAGCACCUCUUUGCGUGGUCGAAACGCUCCAGGUUUUAGCUUGCCGUCGCUCGGUGAUGUUGGCGCAUCUCCUGGUUCAAGCUGAAAUAUAUGCCAACUCUUCCUUUACAGGAAACGUGUCAGAAAAUGCCACUGUCAUCCCAAACCAGGUGUUUCAACCCUUGGGCUCUUGUCCUUGUGACUUGACAGCUGGAGCCUGUGAUGUUCGUUGUUGCUGUGACCUGGAGUGUUCACCAGACUUGAAGCAGUUAUUCAAUGAAUCAUGUUUCACUGGAGUGUUUGGUGGGGAUGUAAACCCACCUUUUGAUCAGCUGUGCUCCUCUCAGUCAAUGGAAUAUAUUCCUGAUUGGUUUCCCUUCCUUUGUGUGCAGUCUUCUCUUAACAACACACCAUUUCUUGGCUACUUCUAUCAUGGCUCUAUUUCUACACCCAAAGUUCCUUCAUUUAAGAUCCCUUUGCAAACUUCUCCUGGAAAACUUUUCACUGGUUACAAUCAAGGAGAUCCAGUUAUGACAGAAGAAAAUGAGUAUUUUACCAUUCCCCAGCAAUCCAUGGCUGGACAGUGUGUUGUACAUGCCCCUGUGGCAUACCUCCAGGACUUUGAUGUCAGAUGCCUUACCAGUCUAGAAUCUUACGAGGAAGGACUGCCCCAUGAUGUGAGGAUAAACAGUGGUACUGGAGACUUCAUCCAGCAAAAUGUUGUCUAUAGGAACAUCACCGACACUGGCAAAUUCAUCAGUGAAAGUGAAAGUCUUCCUACUGCUGAGGUUUUAUGUCAAAAUGUAACAUUUGCGGAGCAUUAUACAUUCAUUUGGAAAGAGAAGAACAUAGAGCAAGUAAAUGUCACAGUCUUCCUCGGAAGCUUAUGUGAUGGAGAAAUACUGACCCAGAGAUUCACAGUCCAAUUUCUAAGUUUAGAGAGCACUAAUACAACGGAACUGUCUGGGAAUCCAGGUUAUCAAGUUGGAAAACCAGUGAGAGCUGCAAAUCUGAAUGCUUCUGAUACUUCUGGAAGUCUAAACAUUUGGCAGCCAGCUGGCAGAGGUUUAUGUACAUCAGCAACUCAUACGCCAGUUAUAUUUGGGCUGGAUUCACUCUCUGGGUGCAUUCUAGAAGUUGGAAUUGAUGAAGAUUGCAGACUUUUAAGAGGAAAUGUAACUGAGAAAUUGAAUUCAUUAGUACAAGCUACUCAUAUUGGGAAAAGAGACAAUUCAAGUCACAGUGAUCCAAAUGACUGGGUGGAAAUUAUACGUCUUGAUCCAUUUAAUUCUGAUACCAAUGUGAGCACUGGAAUCUUCAAAGGCAUUUGUGCAGCUAUUCCUGCAAACCUGAAUAUUCGCAUAAUCUUUGCUGAAGUGGGUGCAGUGCAAGGGAUUCCCCAGCAAGAGAUUCUUGCUGUGCAGAUCAGUUACUCAACAGUGAUAUGGCAAUUCCAGUGCGGGCUUACCUGUGAAAACACCAGCUUUCUUCCCAUCACUGCUGCUGUUCAGUUUAUAAAGGUGCCAGCUCAGCCACCCAUUCCAAUGACAAGAUCUCGGUCUAAUUAUUGGACAGAAUUUGACUGCAAUCGAGAUGAUGCGUGCUGGCCCCAACUUUUUUAUCCAGUGACACGGUUUUACACAGGAGAACCGUAUUCCCGGUGUCUUGCUAAAGGCCUGUUAUUGGCAUUCCUUGUUUUACUUGCAGCAAUUACGAGUAACCCUUGGUUUUCACGAUUUUGGAACAGUUGCUUGGUUUAAAAAUGUUGAUGUAAAGAGAACCCCUUUUGUUAAUAUUUUAAGUACUUCUGGGUAAAAUUUAUGGAGAAAUAUUCUUGAAUUUUGUAGACAUUUUAUAUAAACAUGUAAAGAUACAUAAAAUGAAUACUCA